CCGCUGGAGGCAGCAGGUCCGGGCGGGGCCGCGCCGCGGAGCCCACAACCUCGAGCUCCCGCCCCGCCGCCGCACCCGGCGGGACGAGCUGCGGAGCCCUGCUUGGGGACAAGCGGCCGCGGCACUGGGCAUGAAGUUGGGUGCGCGCGGGUCUCGGAGCAGAGGCGCGGCACAGCCGGGAGCCGCCCUCGUCUAGAACCCGCUCGGUGCGCCAUGGAGAUCGGGGGCCCCGGGGCGCCGCCGCCGCCGCUGCUGCUACUGCCGCUACUGCUGCUCUUAGGAACCUGCUUCUUGCCUGCUAGCAGCCACAUAGAGACCCGGGCCCAUGCGGAGGAGCGGCUCCUGAAGAGACUCUUCUCCGGCUACAACAAGUGGUCUCGGCCGGUAGCCAAUAUCUCAGAUGUGGUCCUUGUCCGCUUUGGCUUGUCCAUUGCCCAGCUCAUCGAUGUGGACGAGAAGAACCAGAUGAUGACGACCAAUGUGUGGGUGAAGCAGGAGUGGCAUGACUACAAGCUGCGCUGGGACCCCAGUGACUACGAGAAUGUCACCUCCAUCCGCAUCCCCUCUGAACUCAUCUGGAGGCCUGACAUCGUCCUCUACAACAAUGCGGAUGGGGACUUUGCAGUUACCCACCUGACCAAAGCCCACCUGUUCUAUGAUGGGCGGGUACAGUGGACACCCCCGGCCAUCUAUAAGAGCUCCUGCAGCAUCGAUGUCACCUUCUUCCCCUUCGACCAGCAGAACUGUACCAUGAAGUUUGGGUCCUGGACCUACGACAAGGCCAAGAUUGACUUGGUGAGCAUGCAUAGCCGUGUGGACCAACUGGACUUCUGGGAAAGUGGGGAGUGGGUCAUUGUGGACGCUGUGGGUACCUACAACACCAGGAAGUAUGAAUGCUGUGCUGAGAUCUAUCCUGACAUCACCUAUGCCUUCAUCAUCCGCCGGCUGCCGCUGUUCUACACCAUCAACCUCAUCAUCCCAUGCCUACUCAUCUCCUGCCUCACUGUGCUGGUCUUCUAUCUGCCCUCGGAGUGCGGCGAGAAGGUCACCUUGUGCAUCUCGGUGCUGCUCUCUCUCACCGUGUUCCUGCUGCUCAUCACCGAGAUCAUCCCGUCCACCUCCCUGGUCAUCCCGCUCAUUGGUGAGUACCUGCUCUUCACCAUGAUCUUCGUUACCCUCUCCAUCGUCAUCACAGUCUUCGUGCUCAAUGUACAUCACCGCUCACCCCGUACACAUACUAUGCCUGCCUGGGUGCGCAGAGUCUUCCUGGACAUCGUGCCCCGCCUCCUCUUCAUGAAGCGCCCAUCUGUGGUCAAAGACAACUGCCGGAGACUUAUCGAGUCCAUGCACAAGAUGGCCAAUGCCCCUCGUUUCUGGCCAGAGCCUGAGGGUGAGCCCGGCAUCUUGAGUGACAUCUGCAACCAAGGCCUGUCACCUGCCCCAACUUUCUGCAACCCCAUGGACACAGCGGUUGAGACCCAGCCUACAUGCAGGUCACCCUCUCACAAGGUCCCUGACUUGAAAACAACAGAGGUUGAGAAGGCCAGUCCCUGUCUGUCACCUGGCUCCUGUCACCCACCCAAUAGCAGUGGGGCCCCAGUGCUUAUCAAAGCCAGGUCCCUGAGCGUCCAGCAUGUGUCCAGCUCCCAAGAAGCAGCAGAGGGCGGCAUCCGCUGCCGGUCUCGGAGUAUCCAGUACUGUGUUUCCCAAGAUGGAGCUGCCUCCCUGGCUGACAGCAAGCCCACCGGCUCCCCAGCCUCCCUGAAGGCCCGUCCAUCCCAGCUUCCAGUGUCAGACCAGACCUCUCCAUGCAAAUGCACAUGCAAGGAACCAUCUCCUGUGUCUCCAGUCACUGUGCUCAAAACCGGAGGCACCAAAGUACCUCCCCAACACCUGCCCCUGUCACCAGCCCUGACACGGGCAGUAGAAGGCGUCCAGUACAUUGCAGACCACCUCAAGGCAGAAGACACAGACUUCUCGGUGAAGGAGGACUGGAAAUACGUGGCCAUGGUCAUUGACCGGAUCUUCCUCUGGAUGUUCAUCAUUGUCUGCCUUCUGGGCACUGUGGGACUCUUCCUGCCUCCCUGGCUGGCUGGUAUGAUCUAAAGACAUAGUGGCUCCCAGCUCCCAGGUCUUUGUAGGGCCAUGCGACUCGUCAGUCACACCCAUCUUCCAAACUGGCCAUGAGACACCUAGGAGAGAGAGAUGCUGCUUCUUGGGAGCUGGAAGUUGACCUUGGUUCUAGUCAGACCACAGGCCUGGUUGGAGCUAGUUGAGGGCUGAUACAGUUGCAGGCUGAGUCCCCAUUAAAUUUUCUCUAGAGCAAGUGACAGCCACCCCUGUCGCUUACAGACAGCACACACCCAUCUGUAUCACAGAGAAUGAUUCAGUGUUGAUCUCAGUUGCCCUUUGAGGCCACAAAAAUUCAUCCCUUUCAGAAACCAGAGCCCCCUCAUGCUGUGGGAUCCAUAAGACCCAGGAAACUCCCACGGUACCUCUCCUGUCCACCCCACCCCCUCCCCCAUGAUGUGGUUCCCUCACCCCUCCAGGCUGGGCUGCUCUCUGACUCAAAGGUGUCAGGCGUGAGCCCAGGCAGGUUUUUAUGUUGUUUAGGUUGGGGUGAAUUGGUAAGAAACAGAGCAGUGAGCUAUGUGGAUGGGUUCCACUCACAGGAGAAUGAGUGCAGGCCCUCACAGGAAGACUGAAGUACCAUAAGACUCCUGCUUCCAUCUCAGGGUCAGAGCGCUCUAUCAUGAGCAUUUCCUAGAGUCCAGAAACUCCAGGAGGGCAAGGGCACUGGGAGUCUCAGGGUUAUGAUGGAGCCAAAUCAUGUCCCUGGUCUGAGCUAUACAUCCCUUCACGGAUCUUCCUUGAUAUCCCUGUAUGUUUCUGCUUCCUAGAAGACUGAAAGUAAGACUUCUCAUCUCAGUCCUGUGGUGAUGCCACAGUUCCCCUGAGCAUGUCUCUUUAGACCAGCAGGAGUGAUGGGAAACCCCUUUCAUGUUGUGGAAUAGGGUGAGCUGCCAAGAGACUUCUAAGCAAAACAGCCCCCAUGGCUCAUUGUUUGAGGGCCAUCAACCAAAGGUCAGGAGUGCUUCACCCAGUCUGCCUUGCACUUAGGCUGUAGGGAAGACUUGAGGGGCUCCUCUUCCCUUCCCAAGAUGGCACCAGGCAGCCUGGAGAGUCCCCAGUGGUGGGAUGGGAGAAAGAACAUGCUGUGAUCACCUCUAUGAGAUUCCACUGGGUGAAGGGCAGAACCCAAGAAAUUACCCUGUGCCAUGGUCCCAGUCACCUCUCUGCUAUCCCCACCAGCCAGGUGGGUUUCACAGAGCUGGGCCCUGCACCCCCAGGCAAGUUGUCUUAGGCCCUGAAGCUGAGGUCCCUUUUAGGAUAGUCCUUGGGACUGUAGAAAUGAAAGAAGAACUUAAUGAACAUGCCAAACCUCAAGAAGGUACAGCUGCUACCUCCGUGUUAUGACUUGCCCAUCCCAGCUGAAUGAGGAUGUCAGGAAGGAGGUAUGCCAAAGCGCCAGCAUUGUCUUUACCUGACUACCUGUAGGCAAAUCCACCUUUAAACACAGAGAUGCUGGGCAUCCAGGGAGCUGGUGGGAGAGUAACCCCAUGCUGGAAGCAUGGCCUUUCCUAUGUAUAGGAAGGGGAUGCAGAGGCCUGGGCUCUGAACCCUGGACGUUCCAGGUUUUCCCUAGAGUCCUAAGGGCAUCGAGGUUCCCAUCUGCCAUGUUUUAAUCUGCCCUCCACUGACUGACUAGGUCACUAGGCCCUAUAAUGGAACUCUCAGAAUGCUGUAAGAUAACCCUGGUGGGGAAAUUCAUGCCAGAACGUGGGAGUCGAGGGGGACACAAGCCCCAGUGAUGAAGGCAGCAGAUAACACCUGACAGAUGUGUGUUCUACCAUCAUGGUGCAUAUGUGACUCCAACCACAAGAAAUGCAGACAACAGUAGAGAUCAGGGCAAGGUCAUGAUGCCAUGGAACAGAACUGCUGUGCUGUUCUCUUCAGGGUCAGGAAAACUGAAUGGCUGGAAUGCUCCUGACAGGAUAUCCUGUUCCCCCACAAACACACCCAGAAGCCAGAAAAGGAAAAUAAAGCACUGUGAGCACUGUGUUCUCCCCAUUCCCACUCAGCAGGCCUUUUGUCUGCCUGCUUCCGGUGUUGAUGAAGUUCUAUUAGGGUAGAAUGCUUGAUCUGAAGCUUUUGCACCUGUGACCUUUAAAGAACAGAGACUGUGUAGCCCCAGCUCCUCUGAUAUGUAGACAUUAUCUCCCCAGAGCUCCCAGCCCUCCCAUUCUACCCCAUCCCAUUGGACAGCAUCAACUCAAAUGUGAGUCUUGGAGACCAGUUCAGCUAGCCAUCAUACGUCUGGGAUCCCACACUGGACUCUACAAUGUCUGGCUUCUUUCCUUGUGUGGCCAAGGCUCAUCUGCAAUGUUGUGUGCAAUAGGCUUAUUGCUGUUGUGUGCUUGUUGGUUCUUAGUUGUUGUUUCUGUCUGAAUAAACUGAGUCGUGGUGUCUCCCCCA